AUGCCCGCCGACACUAUCGUCGAUUUCGAGUCUGCACCCGUCAACCCCAAGGGGCUGCCCACGAAUGAGCUCGCUCGCACCGACUACCACGACGACAAGAAGGGAGGAGAGGAGGACAUCACGGUCGCCACCUAUACUGCUGGGAACGGGGAGCGGGCGGAGAUGGACUCGGAGUUGAUCCCCACGGAGGAGGAUUUGUUGACGCUGAGGAAGGUGGCAGCACCAUUGCCAUGGGCUGGUGUUGCCAUGUGCUUGAUCGAAUUCGCCGAGCGGGCCUCCUACUACGGCUGCAAGGGCCCCUUCAACAACUUCAUCAACCGUCCCCUUCCUGCUGGCGGUAACGGCGCAGGCGCUGUUGCUCCCGGUGCUGCCGGUCUGAACCAGUCCGCUGGUGCCCUCGGUCGCGGCUCCGUCACUGCCACCGCCCUCGUCCAAAUGUUCAACUUUCUGGCGUACGUCAUGCCCAUCGUCGGCGGUAUCAUCUCGGACACCAAGUGGGGUCGUUUCAAGACCAUCGCUGUCGGUACCGCUGUCGGCGCCGUCGCGCACGUUAUCCUGGUCGUCCCCGCCAUUCCCGCCGUCAUUGCCAACCCCCAAGGCUCCCUCGGCGCCUUUAUCAUCUCCAUCCUCAUCCUUGCCGCUGCCGCUGGCUUUAUCAAACCCUGCCUCGGCCCCCUCCUCUGCGACCAAUCUCCCGUCCGUCACCCCACACUCAAAGUCCUCCCCUCUGGCGAGCGCGUCAUUGUCGACCCCACCACCACCGUCCAGCGUUAUCUCCUCGUCUUUUACUGGUGCAUCAACGUCGGUUCCUUCUUUGCGGUCGCCACCACGUACUCGGCUCGUCUCGUCGGGUUCUGGCUCGGCUUCCUCAUGCCCGGUAUCCUCUACAUGCUCAUGCCCAUCGUCCUCGUCCUCGUCUACAAGCGGCUCUACAAGGCCCCUCCUCAGGGCUCGGUCGUCGCGGAGGCUGGCAAGGUGUUUGGUCGCCUGAUGGCGAACGGCGGCUGGAAGCGGAUGUGGAGGGGUGGUGACCAGUUCUGGGACCAGGCCAAGCCUUCCGUCAUCCAGGAGCAGGAGGGCACCUUGGACACCACCAAGGUGUUCUGGGACGACAAAUUCGUCGACGAGAUCAGGCAGACCAUCAGCGCGUGCGCGGUCUUUGCUCUCAUCCCCAUCUUCACCCUCGGAAACGGCGGUAUCGGAAACUCCCUCAACUCCAUGUCGGGCUCCAUGACCCUCAACGGUGUCCCCAAUGAUCUCAUCGACCAAUUCAACCCCCUUGCCAUCAUCGUCUUUGCCCCCAUCCUCAACUUUGGUCUUUACCCCCUCUUCGCCCGCUUCGGCAAGCCCAUCAAGCCCAUGACCCGGAUGACCAUCGGUUUCCUCCUCGCCUGCUUCUCGGACAUCGUCGCCGCCAUCGUCCAGUGGAAAAUCUACCAGGAGUCGGACUGCGGCUACUACGCGUCCACCUGCGAUACCGUCACUUCCAUCUCCAUCUGGCUCCAAAUCCCCAUCGUCAUGGUCCCCGCCGUCGGAGAACUCUUCGUCAACGUCACCUCGUAUGAGCUCGCCUACACCCGGUCCCCGGCGCGCAUGAAGGCUCUCGUCUAUGCGCUGGCGCUCUUCAACUCGGCCGUCGCGGCUGCCAUCUCCCUCGCGUGCGCCAAGGCCAUCGACGACCCGUACCUCAUCUGGCCAUGGGUCGCUCUUGCCGUCGCCACCUUUGCGUGCGCCUGCCUCUUCCCAACCUACUUCAAACACCUCAACGUCCCCAUGGAGCAGUUUGCGGACAAGGACAGGAUGGCGGGUGCGGACCAGCCCGGUGCGCUGGACCACAAGAACCGGGAGGUGGAGGAGUAG